AUGUUUGAAAAAAAUUUCAAUAUCACCGCUUUUCUUUUCGUUAUAUUGGCUCUAUCGACUUGGCUUGACCUCAAUGGUGUCUGGGUCGAACUUCCGUUGAUUGUUAAUGAAGUACCCGAAGGUUGGGCUCUACCUUCGCUUCUGAGUUUUGCUGUCGCUCUUAGUAAUACAGCGCCGAUUAUUAUCAUGCUACUGAAAGCAUUUUUUAAAGGGCGCCUCGACGAACGUAUUUUCAUCUACAUUGAAAUUAUAAUUGGAAUCGUCGCUUGCGGUUUAAUGGCUCAAUAUUGGAAUAAGACACAUUGGUUUGCUGGUGCUCAACAUUCUGUUCUUUUCGUUAUAUUCGUUUUUCUUCUUGGUACUCUAGACACAACAUCAACAGUUACGUAUUCUGAUUACAUGAAGCGAUACGAUGGGAAAUUGUUAAAUGCUCUAUUUCUUGGUGAAAGUCUCACUGCUCUGAUCCCAUCCAUUCUCGCUGCGAUUCAAGGCGUAGGCGGUGAAGCUGUUUGUUCAGCCAAUUCGACUCAGCCAGAAUAUUCAAAACCACGUUUUUCUGUUCAAGUCUAUUUCUGGAUUUUUGCUGCCAUUAUUCUUUCUUCUCUUAUUGCUUUUCUCAUACUCGAAUGGACGAGUAUUUCUCAAUCAUAUCGUACGGAAAACUAUAAAACAUCGGACAUAAGUCAACUAUGCAUACAGACAGAAAUAUCAUCUCCUUUAAAUCUAAACCUAAUAUCUGAUUCAAUGAGUAAAUACAUGUACUAUUAUCUACUUGCUAUUGCAUACAUUGUAAAUCUUCUUCUCUUUGGCAUUCUACCAUCCAUUGGUACCUAUGUAAUGUUACCUUAUUCUCAAAGUGCAUAUUAUAUUGCAAGUCUGGUUUUACCUAUUUCAAGUCUACUGUCGGUAAUUAUUGCUCUAGUCGGUAAAAGUCGAUUACAACUAUCGGCCAUCAUCAGUCUAUCUUUUAUCGCAACAUGUCUGACGGUAUAUGUGAUUGUUUUAGCUGCUCUCAGUCCUUGCCCGCCGUUACACGAUACCAUAGGCGGUGCUGUUAUUGCCAUUGUUUGUUACUUCACUGCGGAAUUAGUAUACAGUUAUAUUCGUUUAGUUAUAGCCAACCGUGUUCGACAAGAAUAUGAACGCGAACAUGGACUAUUCUGGCUUGGUGCAAUCAGUCAAAUGGGUGCAUUGAGUGGAUCGAUACCAAUGUAUUUUCUUAUCAAUAAUAUGCAUGUUUUCAAAAGUCGACAAGUUUGCCGAAGUUACUGUUGA